AUGUCUGGCGCCUCGCUCGCGGACAAGAUCCGACAGGCGUACUACGAUGGCAGCGCGACGCCCAAGCCGAGCGAGAAGGAGCUGGACGAGGCCAUGUCGUUCUUCAUGGCUGCCAGCAGCGGGCUGGACAAGGGCCGGGGCAAGGCCAAGCGGCAUUACUACGCCACGGUCAUCGACGUCUGCGGCGGUCACGGCAUGCUCGGCAUGCUCUUUGUCCUCUACGCCCGUGCCUCUUCCGCCAUCAUCCUCGAUCGCAAGCUCCCGCUAUCCUUUGCUGCCAUGGCCUCCAACUGGGCCCCCGCCACCCUUCGCUUCGUCAUCACCGACGUCCGCGACGGCCUCGAGAGCACCCUCGCCGACGCGGCACGCUCCGCCACCACCGCCACCACUCCCUCCUCGCCUCGCGUGCUGGUGGUCGGCUGUCACGCGUGCGGCUAUCUCACCGACUACGUGCUCGACAUGGCGACGGCGGCAGGGAUGGACCCACCGGGUGGUGGCCACCGACUCGGCGGCUGCCCAUCGCCUCCUCGGCACACGCAUCCAUCAUGCUGCCACUGCUACGGGCAUCGACUUUCCGUCGCCCUCGACAUGGCUCGCAUGGGCCGCCUCGCUGCUCUCCCGGGCUACGACGUCCUCCUCCGCACUAUGGACCCGUCCAUCACCCCGCAGAAUCGCAUCCUCAUCGCCAAGGCCUCCCCUCCCCCCGCAAAGUGA